UAAUUGUAAAUAUUUUUGUCUUAACUGAAUUCUUUUGGUAUAACAUAUGGUUGAAAAAAGUAAAUUCUGGUUUAACGAAAAAGAAAACAUUUUAAUUAACUUUUUCAUCGAACUAAUAAUUACUUCCGAGUCCUCCUCACUCCUCAACAUUGUCGUGCACUCUUUCCUCUCCGAAGUCUGAACCCUAAAACAUCCCGCUUCCUGUUUUCUCCUUCGUUCAGAUUUUUGGCUGAUUUUUGAAUUAUGACGAGGGUUUAUAUCGGGAAUUUGGAUCCACGAGUCACCGAAAGGGAGCUCGAAGAUGAAUUCAGGAUCUUCGGUGUUCUUCGCAAUGUUUGGGUAGCUCGUAGGCCUCCAGGCUACGCUUUCCUCGAAUUCGACGACGAGAGGGAUGCUUUGGAUGCGAUCAGGGCACUGGAUGGGAAGAAUGGUUGGCGUGUGGAGCUAUCUCACAAGGAUAAAGGAGGCCGUGGAGGCGGUGGCCGUCACGGCGGUAUCGAGGACUCCAAGUGCUAUGAGUGCGGCGAGCCUGGACAUUUUGCUCGUGAGUGUCGCCGAGGUGGUCGAGGAGGCUAUGGGAGGCGUAGAAGCCCUAGCCCUCGCCGUCGUAGGAGUCCUGAAUAUGGGUAUGCACGCAGUGUACAAAGCAAAAUCUUUGGGUCUUUAAAUGUGUCCAAUCGUUCUUGCGGAGCCAUCUUUAAUGGUGACAAUGAGUAUCAGCCCUCGUGGAAGAAGAUCUCCUCCAAGGCGUCGCAGUGUAACUCCACCUCGUCGUGGCCGGAGCUACAGCAGAUCCCCACCGUAUCGUGGUUCACGACGAGAUUCUCCUCGCAGCAGAGACUCACCCUAUGGCCGACGUUCACCAUAUGCCAAUGGGGUGUGAAACUGGACCGUGAAGAAAAACAAUGCUUGAUGUGGCGUGCUUUAGGAUAUAUCAUUAGUUCUUCCAUUAUCACAAAGCAGCUCCAAAAUUGGCUUGGUUGGUUGCUCUUCAUUGACGUUGACUUGGUCCACAAGUCUGGUGUACUAAGACAUAUGAUUUUAGACCCGGCUAAACUUCAUUUUCAUGUAAAACUCGAUGCAAGUGAAACUUUGAGCAUAUUGACUUAAACCCAAAGUAAAAAAGGAUCACAUGAAUGGAUG